AUGUCAAACACAGAGAAAGGACAGCAGCCAGAAAAGGCCAAACAGUGUCCCAGCCCUGGGAACCCAGUCUUUUCCUGCAUGUUCGCUCCUCCAACCAAAGAGAAGGCUGCACGGCAGAAGUGGGCCAUUAGUCAGAACAUCCUUUACAGGACCAGUUCCAACGAAUAUGGCCGCCUCCCUUCCACAGCGGACACUGCGCCGACAACCUAUCGUCCCAAAUCGUACAAGUUCUCCAAAGAUCUGGCCAGGUGCGGGAUGUACCAGGAGAACUCACUGAACACAGCCAUUGACAAAAGCAAAGUGUGUGACUUUUCUAACUUGAAGAAGACCAUUUAA